AUGGCGGCGCCCAUUCAGGCGCUCGACAAGACCGUCGUCGACCGCAUUGCCGCCGGCGAGGUCAUCGAGCGGCCGGCCAACGCGCUCAAAGAGCUUGUGGAGAACGCCCUCGAUGCAGGCUCGUCCUCCAUCUCUGUGGUGGUUAAGGGCGGCGGGCUCAAGGUCCUACAGAUCACCGACAACGGUCACGGCAUCCGGCUCGACGACUUUCCGCUCGUCUGCCAGCGGUUCGCCACCUCGAAGCUCACCACCUUCGACGACCUCAAGUCGAUCGGCACCUUUGGCUUUCGCGGCGAGGCGCUGGCCUCGAUCUCGCACGUGGCACACGUGACCAUCACCUCCAAGACGCCCGAGGCCCAGUGCGCGUUUGCUGGCUCGUUUGCCGACGGCAAGCUGCUGGGCAAGGCCAAGCCGACCGCCGGCAACACCGGGACGACGAUCAAGGUCGAGGACUUGUUCUACAACGUCAAAACGCGGCGGAAGGCCCUCAAGUCGACUUCGGAAGAGUUCAACAGAGUCCUGGACGUGCUCACCCGCUACGCGCUCCGCAACGCAGGCGUUGCCUUCUCACUCAAGAAGUUUGGCGACACCCGCGCCGUCCUCAACACCCAGACCGGCGCCUCGGUCAAGGACAACAUCGCCCUGCUGUACGGCACAGAGCUCUCGCGCGAGCUUCUCCGCAUCGACGUGCCGGCCGCCAACGAGUACGGCGCCUCGGUUGCAGGCUUUGUCUCCAACGCAAACUACUCGUCCAAGAAAGAGGUCUCGGUCCUGUUUGUCAACUCGCGCUCCGUCGAUGUGCCCUCGGUCCGCAAGGCCAUCAAAGCCCUCUUCUCCGAGUACCUGCCCAAAAAGGCCCACCCAUUUGUCUACCUCGACAUUGCGCUUCCACCUGAGACCGUCGACGUCAACGUCCACCCGACCAAGAAGCAGGUCCACUUUAUGCACGAAGACGAGAUCGUGUCGCUCAUCACCGACGCUAUUCGCGCCGCCCUCCUCGACGCCAACGCCUCGCGCACCUUUUACUCGCAGGCUGUGCUUCCAACCUUUUCGCAAGCAGCUGCGGACGUCGCACCGAAGCAGCCCGCGGCUGCCCCCGCUUCUGACCUUGAGGCUCUCAAGCCGGUCUCGGCCGGCCGCGUCUCGUCGUCGUCGAGCAAGCUCGCCCCGCAGCACAUGGUUCGCGUUGACCAUCGCUCGCAGACCAUGGACGCCUUUGUCCACAAGUCGCAGCCAGAGCCGCCAGCCGUGACAUCAUCCGGCUCCACCGCGCCUUACGCCCCGACGCCCGCCGAGCUCAUCCAGCCGAAUGUCCUCUUUGCCUCGCCCGAGACCACACCCGAAGACGCGCGACCGACGCCGCCGGGCACUGCCCGCGCCGCCGAUCCAGCACCGCUCUCGUCCUCCCGCCGUUCAGGUACCCUUCGCCGCGCCCCGUCGCCUCCGCCGGAAGAGUCCAACCAGCAGCCGGCUCCCCGCAAGCGUCGCCGCUCGCCGUCACCGCCGCGGCCGGCUGCGCGCUCGGCGCGCGCGCCGUCUCCGUCGCCGCCCAAGCGGGCCAAGACGUCUGCCGCCCAAAAGGCCAAGGCGCCCGCCGCGCCGCGGGCGCCUGCAUCGAGUAAUGCUAGUGGCAAGCGCAUCUUGGCGCCGCCACCGUCGAUCGUCCUCAUGUCGGUCCUUUCUCUCUGCGAGGAAGUCAUGGCCGACGAGCACGCCGGGCUCUCAGCCGUCUUUCGCCGUCACAAGUUUGUCGGCUGCGUCGACGCCUCAUACGCGCUCGUCCAGCACGAAACCAAGCUCUACCUCCUCGACCUGCCCAAGCUCAGCCAGGCGCUCUACUACCAGCUCGGCCUUGCUGGCUUUGGUGCCUUUCCGCGCUUUGUCUUUUCCAACAAGCCAAAGCUCGCCGACCUCGUCACUAUCGCCCUCGACGACCGCGCCUCAGGCUGGUCGCCCGACGACGGGCCCAAGGACGUCCUCGCCCUUGCUACCGCCGACUUUCUCGUUUCCAAGGCCGAGAUGCUCGAAGAGUACUUUGGCGUCGUCAUUGACACCGACGCUGCCGCGCUCGUCGCUCUUCCGCAGCUCCUCCCCUCGGUUCUUCCGCCCAUGUGGGCCGUCCCGGCCUUCCUCCUCCAGCUCGGCAACAGUGUCGACUGGUCGGCCGAGCUUCCCUGCUUUGCCACCUUUCUCACCGCCCUUGCGCAGCUCUACGCCAUCAAGCCCGAGCAGCACCUCGACGAGGCCGUCAUGCCCGGCUCGCAAGCGACCCUAGCAUGGGCCAUCGAGCACGUCCUCUUCCCCGCGCUUCGCUCAUCGUUUUCCCGCCGUCGCGCUUUGCCACCGACGGUACCGUUCUCCAGAUCGCUGCGCUAGAGAACUUGUACAAGAUCUUCGAGCGGUGCUAGCAAGACGAUAAAUGCUUCCGCUCCCCGC